CGAGUUGACGCCACAGGUGGAAUUAGCUUGGUAAGUAAUUUCAUCAGAAAUAAUGAGUGGGAUCUUGCAUUAAUUAGACAGUGGUUUAAUUUCGAUGACACUAGACGGAUUCUGAAUAUAUCACUUCCAGCCUGAGUAUUGGUUGAUACAAUCUGCCUGCCAGAACCGAGUGGUGAGUUCUCUAUAAAAUCUGCCUACCGUUUGUCCUUGAACAUUGAUACAAACCGGCCUGAGUAUACUAAAUGGAAAACCGUUUGGGGAGUGAGGAUUCACAACCGUCUUAAGAUGAUAUGGUGGAAAAUACUGUCCAAUAGCCUUCUCACCAAAGCUAGGCUUAGUAUGGUGUUUGCCUUGGAUAACGCCCUCUGCCCUCUUUGCAACAUGGAUGAAGAAAAUUCUCUUCACUUGCUCUGGAGCUGUGAGUUCACAAGAGCCAUAUGGUUUGGUUGCAUGUGGCAAGUGCGUACAAAUGCGCUCACGGCUGCAAGUUGGGAGGAUUGGCUGGUGUGGUUCUCGGAUGAAGAUAAACGCCCUAAUCGAAUGCACCUUCACCUGUUUCUGGGAGGAACAGCAACGGUGUUUGAAGAAAUCUGGAGAGUUAGAAACAAACUAACUCAUGACAACACGCAUGAACCUUUGCCAGUUUUGAUCCAUCGCAUAAAUCAACGCCUCAUGGAACUUACAUCAGUUCAUGAUGGAUACUGCUCUGUUCAAAUGACCUGGCUUCCUCCCCCUCCAGGUUGGAUAAUGUGUAACACGGAUAUUUCCUUGGGAAAUUCUGAAUCGGCAGGGGCAGCUAUAUUUCGUAAUGACAAAGGUGACACACUAAAGAUCUAUACUUUCCAUUCCUAUUACAUGGACUCACUUGCAGGGGAAGUUUAUGCUUUAGUUAAAGGAGCUGAAAUGGCUUCUGAGUUGGGCUUCAACAAGGUCAUUUUCCAAAGUGACUCCAUUAAUGCGAUCAAUGCGAUUCAGUGCAACCAGUCCUCCUUAAGAACCAAUCACCACAACAUCCAAAGCCUUCUGCUCAAAUUCGACAGUGCAUGUCUGCUCUCAACUUGUGGGAGGCUCAUUGGAUCCGAAGAAACUUAAAUGGUGUGGCCCAUGAUGCGGCUCGCUGGGCAAAUCGACACGGAAUGUUUGGGUGCUUCGAUUUGGUCAAUUUUGGUGGUUCCCUGUACCCUUGGGAUGCAGAUGGCCAUGUGUUAUCCUAGUUUGUUAGUUUCUUGUUUUUUUAGAAGUUAGACUCUAUUGCUGGUUUUUUUUGUUUUGUUGGCUUAGUUUUUUGUUGUUUGCUUUCUCUGGUCCCCUGCUGUGUGGGGCUUUGUUGUUUGCUCUUGCCUUAAUGGCUCUUAAUCAAAAAAAAAAAA